AGGGCUGGACUCCAUUAAUCCGAAGCCUGCUGCUGCCUGGAAAACUGUUUGGGAUACUUCACUUCUUCAGCGACUUCUUCGGGGAUUUCUUUCUGUUUUUAGCACCAAGUCCAGAACAUAUACAUGAUUUAAAGAAGUGGGACUCAUUCUGCGCCGUUUAAUCUACUCUUUAGGUAUUUUUUUUCCGUCUUUGUGAAGGAUGGCUCUGGAUGGGAUCCGGAUGCCCGAUGGCUGCUACGCCGAUGGGACGUGGGAGCUGAAGAUGCACGUUACCGACCUCCACAGGGAUGUGUCUCUGAGGGUCACCGGAGAAAUCCACAUUGGUGGUGUAAUGCUCAAACUUGUGGAGAAACUAGAUGUGAAGAAGGACUGGUCGGACCACGCCUUGUGGUGGGAAAAGAAGAAGACAUGGCUGCUAAAAACCCACUGGACGUUGGACAAGUACGGCAUCCAGGCCGACGCCAGGUUGCUCUUCACACCACAGCACAAACUGCUGCGCCUCCAGCUGCCCAACAUGAAGCACAUGAAGGUCAAGGUGAACUUCUCAGACCGGGUCUUCAAGGCGGUGUCGGACAUCUGCAAGACUUUCAAUAUCCGCCACCCAGAGGAGCUGUCUCUACUGCGCAAACCUCGUGAUCCCAAGAAGAAAAAGAAAAAGUUGGAGGAGGCAGAAGAGGACGACCUGGAGCUGGAGGGUCCCCUGUUGACUACUGGAACAGCCUCUGAGAUAAUUUACAUCGGACCUGUUAAAGGAAGCAUCUACUCUAGUCCAGGCUUGUACAGCAAGACCAUGACCCCAACCUACGACUCCAGGGAUGGCAGCCCCCUGUCGCCAACCUCGGCGUGGUUUGGGGACAGCCCCCUGUCGGAGGGUAACCCCAGCAUCCUUGCUGUCAGCCAGCCAAUAUCCUCACCCGACAUCCUGGUCAAACUCUACAAACCCCAGUCUCUGCUGGACAAAGCGAAGAUCAAUCAAGGGUGGUUGGAUUCAUCCCGGUCUCUCAUGGAGCAGGAUGUAAAGGAGAACGAUGUGCUCCUGCUGAGGUUUAAAUAUCACAGCUUCUUUGACCUCAACCCAAAGUAUGAUGCCAUCCGAGUCAACCAGCUCUAUGAACAGGCCAAGUGGGCCAUCCUGCUGGAGGAAAUUGAGUGCACAGAGGAGGAAAUGAUGAUGUUUGCUGCCCUGCAGUACCACAUCAACAAGCUGUCAAUCAUGUCUUCAGACAACCACAUGAAUAACAGCGAGAAGGAGGUGGAUGAGGUGGAUGCAGCGCUGUCGGAUUUGGAGAUUACUCUGGAAGGGGGGAAAACCUCCAAUACUCUGGGCGACAUCACAUCUAUUCCAGAGCUAGCAGACUAUGUCAAAGUUUUCAAACCCAAGAAGCUGACGCUGAAGGGCUAUAAGCAGUACUGGUGCACGUUCAAGGACAUCACCAUUUCCUGCUACAAGAGCAAAGAGGAAGCACAUGGGACGCCUGCUCAUCAAAUGAAUCUAAGAGGUUGUGAGGUAACGCCAGAUGUGAACAUUUCUGGUCAGAAAUUCAACAUCAAAUUAUUAAUCCCUGUGGCGGAUGGGAUGAAUGAGAUCUGGCUUCGGUGUGACACGGAGAAACAGUACGCUCACUGGAUGGCUGCUUGUCGCUUGGCCUCCAAAGGAAAGACCAUGGCUGACAGUUCAUACAACUUAGAGGUCCAAAAUAUUCUCUCCUUCCUCAAGAUGCAGCACAUGAACCCUGACCCCCAGUUCAUUGAACCGAUCACCACCGAUAUUAACCCAGAGUGUCUGGUAUCCCCGCGUUACCUUAAGAAAUACAAGAACAAGCAGCCAGGGUAUAUCAGGGAUUUGAUUUCAGCCCGGAUUCUUGAAGCCCACCAGAACGUUGCCCAGAUGAGUCUAAUCGAGGCCAAGAUGCGCUUCAUUCAGGCAUGGCAAUCCUUGCCAGAGUUUGGAAUCACUCACUUCCUUGCAAAGUUUCAGGGAGGAAAGAAAGAAGAGCUGAUUGGAAUCACCUAUAAUCGUCUGAUCCGGAUGGAUGCCCACACUGGAGAUGCCAUCAAGACCUGGCGCUUUAGCAACAUGAAGCAGUGGAAUGUUAACUGGGAGAUCAAGAUGGUGACCGUUGAGUUUGCAGAUGAACCCAGCCUGUCCUUCAUCUGUGCAGAAGUGGACUGCAAGGUGGUUCACGAGUUCAUCGGUGGCUACAUCUUUCUGUCGACACGCGCCAAGGACCAGAAUGAGUCGCUAGAUGAGGAAAUGUUCUAUAAACUGACCAGCGGCUGGGUCUGAGGUGUCCCAGUUCAAAGGGGGUCGAUGAUUUUAGAUCGGGGGAAAUGGGUGAGGGUAGGAAGUCGAGCAGGCUUAUGAGGUUAUUUUAUUUUAUUAUUUUUUUUUUUUUGUCUUUUCAACUGUUAAAAACUGUGCUGAAUUAGCACAUAUUUUUGCCAAGACUGACACAAUUAUUGUUCUAAUUUGUUUUUAUAUAUAUAUUUGCAUUAAUGCUCACAGUCAUUUCUUGCCUUAUUAAUGUUCUGGCUGGUACCAUCCAGAUGAAGGCGGAGUCUUAGUCUGAGAACCUUCUUCUGCUUUUGCUCUCAUCUCUCCUUCUCUCAGAAUUACGGCCACAGUUUUGUUUAGAUUUAAUCCCAAAGAAUAACUUAAAUAAGAGUUAUUACUGAUAUUAAAGUGUGGAAAAUUUUGGAGGGAAAGGUUUUCACACACUUAUUUCUUUAAUUACCAAAAAUAUAAAAAAAGGAAUCAGAGCAUAUCUAACCAUUAAAGCCUUAUGAUUUAAUUUAGUUAAGUUUUAAUGCCAAACUAUCAAAAUGAAAAAAAUUGUUGGAUUUGGUUAAAUCAGUAAUGAACUGUAAUUUAAAAGAUUUCCUUGCCCAAAAAAGUAGAAUAGUGGUCAGAUGGUAGAAGCUAAAACCUUUCCAUAUAAACUAAUGUGUAUUUAUUUAUAAUAAAGGAAGGAGUCCAUUAAAUCUGAUCAGCAGCACCAGCUUCUCUUUGCUUUUUGUGUUCACUUUUUUUUUUCUAUAAAUAUCUUUUAACAACCGGAUCUAAGCUCUUCUCCUCUAUACAUUGAUCUUUAUUGAUAAGCUGUUAUAUUCUGCUUCAUAUUUCACGAAAUCUGUCUCUCUUGCUGAGCCACCCUGUUGGUUAUGUAUUAACCUGACACAGAAACACCUUGUGAGCCUUCCUUUGCAUUUAAAAUACUGCUAAUAGGAAGCAUUUCCAAAAACAAUACAGUUCAGUGCACUGUGAUAAGCAUCCUGUGGGUUUCACCCUCCUGGAUGUUCCAGGUUAGGUCAACAUGUCUUUUUCAGUUCCAGUAUGCGCUAAAACACCACUUUGCCUAUAAUUUUUUAGCUGUAAUAGAAAAAGAUAUGGCCGUCUGUAGCUGCUUUACAAGUUUGAACCAACUGGAAACUUGAAGUUACAGUUAAAGUGCAUGCAGAUACUACGCAACAGGAGGAACACUAUCACAAUCCCUGGAAGCACGUCCUACGUCAAUGAAGUCUAGUUUCUCGCCGUAUAGUAUUAUAUCCUUAGCAAUACACACCAGCAAAACAUCACAGAAUUUAAAGAAUGAAUAUAUGCAAUUUUUGUUCUCUUCUCAGUAUGAAGGAUUGAUAAAUGAAGUAUUAUUGUUAUUUUUUGUAACUAAUGUAAAAACACAAACGUUUUAUAGAAUUGUACAGUGUUUUUCUUUUUUUGCUUUGGGAUUUUGGAGGUUUUUGUUUUAUUGUUUUCCAUUCAGAAGCCAUCAGUCGACGUGUGUAGCCUUCAGAAGAGUGUCUGGGUAUAUCGAGUUUUCACAUGAAGAUGCAUAUAAAUUCAGAUGAAGAUAACCCUACUCAGAAACUUCAGGUUUGGUCUAGCCUUUUUUUUUUCUUAUGUGCAUCCAAACCUUAUAAGUGUCUUUGUUCUUCUUUAUUUUGGUCAUUUAUUUUUGUGUCUUGUCCUAUUUGCAAAAAAAAGUCCAGUUAUAGCCAUAUUUAUUUGUUUCAACUGACAGCAAUUAUUUAGAAGCAUUUCUGCCUUAUAUUCUAGCUUGUUCACAAUUUUUAGACAACUUUUUUUUGUUGUUGUCACAACUGAACUGCACCAUAUAAUAUGGUGAAAUGACCUUGAAGUUUGUGACCGUUUCACAUAAAAGUAAUAUUAAAGAGGUGAGAAAGAACCAAGCAUA